UCCCUUUUUUCUUCAUUCUACUUUAAAACCCUUCUUUUCAAAUCCACUCUUUCUCUGCAACUUCCUCUUCUUCUUCCUCCUCCUUCAUCAAUGGAGCCCAUCAUGAAUUUUCUGUUAUUGGUAGUUUUGGUCGUUGCUGGUUUUGUCAAUUUCCUCCUCUAUUUCCCCACCAAGAGAUUCUCCGCUUGGUUCCAAUCUAUAAAACCCUCUCCCCAAAUUUCCCAUUUCAAAUCCCUUUCCCUUCAACCACCACCGCCACCGCCACCGUCGCCGCCGUCGCCGGAGCUGAAGAAAGUGUUUGGAACAUUCGACAAGAACAACGAUGGGUUCAUAACGAAGAAGGAGCUGAUGGAAUCGCUAAAGAACAUGAGGAUGCUGAUUACAGAGAAAGAUGCAGAGGAAAUGUUGAAAGGGGUUGAUGAAAAUGGAGAUGGGUUGAUUGAUUUUGAGGAGUUUUGUGUUUUGGGAGAGAAAUUAGUGAUGGGUUUUGGAGAAAAAAAGAAAAUAUGUGUUGAAGAUGAAGAAGAUGAAGAUGAAUUGAGAGAGGCUUUUGGAGUGUUUGAUAAGGAUAAAGAUGGGAUGAUUUCUGUGGAGGAAUUGAGUUUGGUAUUGUGUUCUUUAGGGAUGAAUGAAGGAAAAAAAGUUGAGAAUUGUAAAGAAAUGAUCAAGAAAGUGGAUUUGGAUGGUGAUGGAAUGGUGAAUUUUGAUGAGUUUAAAAGGAUGAUGAGAAGUGGAGUAAGUCUUGUUUUAGCACAAUCUUAAUCUAUACACCUUCUUUUCCUUUCUUUGAGUGCAAAAAUGGGUUUAAUGGAGAAAUUUGGGCACUAAUUAAUUAGGUAAUUGUUUUUUUGUUUACCACAUAUAGGAUGAUAGAUCAAACAUCUAAUCGUUGAUAGUACAAAUAUUAUGCUAUGUUCAUUUUGACUAUUAAUUGUUAGAAGGUGUGGAUUUUUAUUUUUAUUUUUAUUUUUAUUUUUUUUUGUGGGAAUUAGUUUUGUGGAACUGGUCGUAGAAUUCUCCCUCUCUGUCUCUAACUGUCCUUUUUUUUUUACUAUUUAUACAAUAAGUUUGUGCAUAUGGUUUCAUUUGAAA